AUAACGCUUCUUCUCUAUAGCCGCAGCCAUUUCCAGGUUUCUUUGCACAGACCAAAAUCUUCAUCUCCUUCCCCUGUUUUCUUAGCUCCCUCUGAUCCUAAUGCACCAAAACACCUGAGAACGUGGCUCCAUGAAUGGAGCAUUCACCAAUCUCUGAUGCUCCAAGAUGAGAAAAUCAAAGGUCAUUAUUUACCCAGGUAAGUCCUUGAUCCUCCUCCUUCAACUUCACCUUCACCGUCACCACCUCAAAAGACCCAUUUGCUCCUCCUCAAUCGCCCCUCUUCCGGUAGACCCUGACCCACCUGAUCUCUCCUCCCAGCUUCUUUCUAUUCUCGCGCAUCCAAGUUGGCAAAAACAUCCUUCCCUUCGCAACUUAAUUCCAAGCAUCUCUCCAUCCCUUGUAUCCUCUCUCUUCAGUAAUAACCCAAAUCUCGAUCCCCAAAUCGCACUCAAGUUUUUCCAAUUCAUUGCUCGAAAACCUGGGUUUAAACAUAGCGUCCAAUCUCAUUCCCUGCUUUUAAACAUUUUGAUUAGAAGUAAGUUUUUUGGUGUUUCUGAGAAAAUCCGUAUUUCCAUGAUCAAAAGUUGCAUUUCCAUCGAUGAUAUUCGGUUCACUUUAGAUUUUCUAAGGGAAAUGAAUAGGGACAGUAAUGAACAUAAGUUUAAGUUCACUAUUAGGACCUAUAAUGAGCUACUAAUGAUGUUAUCAAGGUUUCUGAUGAUUAAUGAAAUGAAGAGUGUUUAUGCAGAGAUGCUCAGUGACAUGCUUGAACCAAAUAUAUAUACGUUAAAUACCAUGGUAAAUGCUUAUUGUAAGAUGGGUAAUGUAGUUGCGGCUGAUUUAUAUGUGAGUAAGAUUUUGCAGGCGGGUUUGAGGCCGGAUACCUUUACUUAUACUUCGUUGAUAUUGGGGCAUUGCAGGAAUAAAGAUGUAAAUAGUGCAUAUAAUGUUUUUAAGAUGAUGCCGAAAAAGGGUUGUCGAAGAAAUGAGGUUUCGUACACAAACCUUAUACAUGGGCUUUGUGAGGCUAGAAGGGUUGAUGAAGGUGUUAGUGUGUUUAAGAAGAUGAAGGAGGAUGAUUGUUAUCCAACUGUACGUACAUAUACAGUGAUUAUAGAUGCAUUGUUUGAAAAUGAUAGGAAAUUGGAAGCUAUAAAUUUCUUUAAUGAGAUGAGGAACAGAGGUUGUGAGCCAAAUGUUCAUACUUACACUGUGAUGAUUGAUUCUAUGUCGAAGGAAAGAAAGUUUGAUGAGAGUAGAAGACUGCUAAACGAGAUGAUGGAGAAAGGGUUGGUUCCAAGUGUGGCUACCUACAAUGCUUUGAUUGAUGGGUAUUGCAAGGAGGGGAUGAUGGAGUCCGCACAGGAAAUUUUGGAUUUGAUGCACUCAAAUAACUGUAGCCCAAAUGAGCGUACAUACAAUGAAUUGAUAUGUGGUUUUUGCAAAAGGAAAAAUGUGCACAAGGCAAUGUCGGUGCUUAAUAAAAUGCUUGAGCAUAGGCUGACACCAAACCUGAUCACAUAUAAUUCAUUAAUCCAUGGGCAGUGUAAAGUAGGUCAUUUAGAUACUGCUUAUAGGUUGCUUGAAUUGAUGAAGGAAAAUGGCCUGAAUCCUGAUCAGUGGACUUACAGUGUUUUUAUAGACACGCUUUGUAAAAAUAAGAGAAUAGAAGAAGCUCGUGUUUUAUUCAAUUCUCUCAAGGAUAAAGGCAUAAAGGAAAAUGAAGUGAUUUACUCUGCUCUAAUUAAUGGGUACUGCAAAGCUGGGAGGAUAGAUGAUGCUGAUUCAUUGCUAGCAAAAAUGCUUACUGAGGAUUGUUUGCCCAAUUCAUCCGCUUAUAAUGCCCUUAUAGAUGGUUUGUGCAAAGAGAGGAAAGUGAAAAAAGCAUUGUUGUUGUUGGAACAAAUGGUACAGAAGGGUGUGACGCCCACAGUUUCUACUUACACAAUUCUUAUUGUAGCAAUGUUGAAAGGGGGUGAUUUUGAUCAUGCUCAUAGGCUUUUUGCUCAAAUGGUUUCCUCAGGAAACCAGCCUGAUGUGUAUAUUUACACUGCAUUUGUUCAUUCAUAUUGUGGCACAGGGAAUUUAAAAGAGGCAGAGGAUAUGAUGGCUAGAAUGGUUGAAAGUGGCGUUAUGCCUGAUGCUCUGACUUACACAUUGUUAAUUGAUGCGUAUGGAUGUUUAGGAUUAUUACAUCAAGCCUUUGAUGUUCUUAAGCGAAUGUUUGAUACUGGCUGCGAUCCCUCUCAUCAUACCUAUUCUUUUUUAAUCAAGCAUCUUUCUAGGGAAAAGCUAAUAAAGGAGGACAACAAUGCUGGACUAGAUUUGGUUCCAAAUAUCUCCUUUGUUGAUGUUGCCGAUGUGUGGAAGACCAUGGAAUUUGAAACUGCUCUGCAGCUUUUUGAUAAAAUGCUGGAACAUGGCUGCUCACCUAAUGUUAACACUUAUGGAAAGCUCAUCAUAGGACUUUGCAAAGUGGGGAGCGUGGGAGUGGCUCAAAGGUUAUUUGAUCAUAUGAAUGAACGAGGAAUGUGUCCCAGUGAAGAUAUUUACAAUUCUCUUCUCAACUGUUGCUGUGAGCUUGGAAUGUAUGGUGAUGCAGUGAGACUGGCAGAUGCUAUGAUGGAGCAUGGUCAUUUACCACUUCUAGAGUCUUUGAAUUCACUUGUCUGCAGGCUAUAUGAUGAAGGGAACAAAGUGAAGGCUAAAGUACUUUUCUGUAAUUUGCUUCAUUGUGGGUAUAAUUAUGAUGAAGUAGCUUGGAAAAUCCUCAUUGAUGGCUUGCUUAAUUGUGGCCUUACUGAUGGAUGCUCUGAAUUGCUGGGAAUCAUGGAGGCAAAGGGUUGCCAGAUUCAUCCACAAACAUAUAGAAUGUUAAUUGAAGGACUUGAUGGCACAUAAUUCUUGGUAUUUUUUCUAGUGAAAUUGUAUUGUUCCGGGGAAAAAGGCCUUUCAGGUUCCAUGUCGAAUGUGGAGGCUAAUGUAAAUAAUUGGAAUUUCAGAUCCUUUUGGCACGCAGUCUCCAAAUAUAUCACCUGGGAUUAUUGGUUUGAAGAAUCUGCAGACAAUAGCCAGUGAACGAGGUAGUGCCUGUUUUAUAGGAUACAAACUGUUGGAUGUAGCAGCAGAACCAAGUGAAGAAAGGAAAUCUUAGAUGAAUAUCAGGAGGAUGGUGUUUUGAUGCUACCUUAAAUUAUGGGUUCUUCACUGUUCCUACUUUGGUGAUAUUUGCUGUCUCAAAGCUGACGAUUGAGGCAAAAUUCCAUCAGAAGGAUUACUGGUGGAGCGAGAGUUGGAUCGAAGUCUUAAAUCCAACAACCGAAGGCGACGAAGAAAAGGUAAAUAGCCAUAAAACUAUGUUGUCUCGUAUCAGUUUGGGAUAAGGCGUAUCUGAGAUUAACAAACCUCCUCUACUUAAGCUAGAUUUUGGGGUGGAGUUAGAUUCAUUUUUUUACAUGGUAAUAAAGUCUACCUUGCUUCAA